UGAUUAUGAUAAUUAUCAUAUAAAUUCCUUUUUUGUUUAAAGGGUUUUCAAAACAAAACCAAAUCAUGAUUUUUCAACAUGAUCUUUUAAUUAGUGAGUUUAAUUUGAAGUUAAAAUAUACACCCAAUGAAAUGCUAAGAUGUCCAGAUAAAUACAGUUGCACCUGAAUUAUGAUGAUUUUGAAGAUCAGAGUAACUUACUGACAUGCAGUACCUUUGAUAGAAUGAGUAGUAUAUUUACUGUGUAGAUAGAAAUAUUAAACUGUGUCUUUGAAAUAUUUCUUAUUCCCAAAUGUCAUUUGAAUAUAUGACUACAUACUAUAAUUUGUGCUGGGAAAACCCUGUACAUUUAUUUUGAACCAGAUGUUCCUUUGUUUUGUAUCUUGACAAAUCUGAAUUUGAUAGAAUUCUUACAGCUGUUGCUCCAGUGUCUCUUUUAUGAUAUCCUGCAUAUGCAGUGAUUGAUUGCUACAUGUAAAUGCAUUGGCAGGUGUCUGCAUUAUGUAUCAUAUUAAGUGGUACCUAUUUAAUGGUUAUGAAUGGAAAAUCUGCUUUUGAUGACAAAUGAUAAAGGAAGGCUUUUGCAUAAUCAAGCUUCCUUGUGGGAUCUAUUUUCUACAACAUUUACGUAUUGUUACCUGAAAACUCAGGUACCUGUAAUUAACAAGUCAUUCACCUGGACUUCACUGAGUUUGCAGUGUAUUCUGCCUUUUAUUCUCUUUUUUUCUUUUUAAACUUUCUUGAUUCCAGUACACGUAAUUGCAAGGGAGAUAUUUGCUUUAUGUUUACAUACAUGCUGCUUGGUAUAUAUGCAUAACUGAAAUGAGUUUUUGUAGUUAUGUUUAAACUUUUUGUAAUUUUUUAUUUCAUUAUGUAAAAAAGACCCGGUAUUCUAUGUACUAAUAAAUGCAAUAUCCCUGUCAAAAAUGAAGCCAAUGGCCACAUAGAAGUUAUUCAUUUUAUCAAAUCUGUUUGAGAGCUCCAUGUGCAGAGGUUCAUUGUGUCAUAUUUGUCCAGGAUGCCUAUUUUUAGUGUAUUGUUGGCCUUGGCGGAGGAAUUGUAUGUAACACAAUGCGAACUUUAAAUUCUGUGUUUGUUAAACAACCCUUAUCAUUGGUAUGUGAUAUGGCUCGAUUAACUAUUCAGUCAUUAAUGAUCUUUUUUUUCCAAGACAGGGAAGGUAUUAAUGAGAAUACAAUGCAUAGUAGAUGCAAGUUUCAAUGGAGCAUGUUACAAGUACAUACAUUGUUUUCCUGUGAAAACGAUCCUAUAAUGACACAUAUGAUGAUACAUAUAUCAGUUCUUAUUAGCUCAUUAAGGACUCUAUGUCAUUGGUAGCAGUAAAAUCACUUGAUAAAACAACAUUGGCAUUAUAUCCCUGUGAAUUGUGCCAAGGAAUGAUGUUCAUUGGGAUCAGAGCAGUCGGAACCAGUGCGGGUGGGAAUUAUCCAGACUGGAUUUUAUAAGAACGCAGACCCUCACUAGAGGGAGAAAGAGAAAGUUUUGGAAAUUGACACCACCACACAGCCUAACCCCCGAGUUCUCCCUGUGUCUCACAGGUGAGACCACCACAAGUUCAAGACGCCGUCCGAUCUCAAAGUCCAGAUUGUAUAUAAAGAGGGACAGUUUAUGACGUAGCAUUAUGGCUCUGCAUGGAAGAGAUAACCAUGAGGAUCUGAAUUAUGAUGGGAAUCAGUCGGUAGCCCCCAGACAGGCGAACUCGACCUCGUUCCUACUGGAUCUGAACUCGGACUCUGCAGCCGACCACUCUCACUCUGCCCCAGGGCUGACCCGGUCCCCGACCUCCCCAGAGAUGCCCCGUCAGGGUCACACUUUGGAUCACAUCGUCGACUUGUUCGACGACGUCCAGAAGAUUUUUGAGCGGUACCCACGAUUCGACGUCAACGAUCUGUCGGCUGGUUCUGAGUUGUUACCGUCAGAACAUGUGACUUCUCGAGAUGGAGAUCGAGUUAUUCCUGCAAAAGAUACCACGUUGUUUACAGACGAAGAUUUCAGUAGCCAUCGCAGCAGUUCAUUCCCUCAUAUUCACCAUCCUCUACGACCUCUUCGAAGCAAGUCACAGAAAAAUGUCCGUCAUGCUGACCAUCACCACAAAAAAAAGAAGAAGAAAAAGAAGCGAAGGAUGCAUGUCAACAAAAGCUUCCCCUCUAAGAUGGCCGUGCAGUCUCCCCCAAUUCCAGAGGACAACGAGGAAGAGUACACUUCGGACUCUGACAGCGAUUCCUCCCUCAGCCGACGCAACAGCACCGCCAGUCAGGACUUCGCUGAUGGACCCCUGGUCAUCACCGAGAUUGGUGACAUUGACAGGAGCUCAUCAGUUGACCUUGACAAAGCUCUCGGGGACGUCCCCUUAGAGCCCUCCUCCCCCUCACCCAGCAGCCCUCAGCUAGUGGUGCCUGUCAACGGAACGCCCAAAAAGAAAUCCUCUGGUAGAAAGGUGGCUGAUUUUUUCAUCGGAGAAAAUGAGUCAUCACCACCACGAGAUUCUUCGAAGGGCUCCAUGGAUUCCAAGCAGUACAAGUACAUUUCCGAUGAGACAUCACAACAGAGCGAUUUCAACAUGGAGGACCAGUUUAGUCUGUUGGACAUCGGCACCACGGAACAGGAACCCCUGCUUUCGGUGCAGGCCCAGCACAAGCCCGCAGGAAGUGCCCGCUCACUGAACGAGGAUGGCAGGAGUCGCGUCCACUUCUCUGUUGGUGGUGAUGAAAGUUCGGCCAACUUGUUGAGCAUCAAUAGAGAAGGCUCGGAUCCAUCCCUCUCCUCGGGGAACAAGCAAAACAAGGCAUCAUUUGGAUCCCUGAGUAGUGGGAAGUCCAGUAAAUCACACCGCUCAAAGCGGCACCACCAUUAUGACCACUACAAGACGGAGGAUCUGUUGCUACGGCGACAGAAAGGAAGUGAGGUUCGUCUGGAUAUCAUGAUGCAAAGCGAACCAACAGAAGUGGAUGAAGCCAAAAUGUUGCACAAGGUGGAUCUGGAUGAAAUGGCCAGUCAUCGUCUGGACAACUUCCACGGAGGGAGGCGACAUCGCCUCAGAAAGAACCACAGUGCCAUGUCCUCUAUUGUACAUGUAGGCAAGCACAAGAAAGCCAAACACAAGAUCUUCCAGCCCAAGAAGAAGGUUGACCACCGCCCUCAUGAGGUGUUUGUGGAGCUGGAUGAGCUGUACGAAGGCGAGGGUGAAAACUACGAGUGGAGGGAGAAGGCCAGGUGGAUCAAGUUUGAGGAGGAUGUGGAGGAAGGGGCCGAGAGGUGGGGCAAGCCCCACGUGGCAUCUCUGUCCUUCCACAGUCUGUUGGAACUGAGGCGGGGCCUGGAAAAUGGUACGAUGGUCCUGGACUUGGUCGCGGAGGACCUGCCGUCCAUAGUUACCUACGUGGUAGACGACUUGGUCAUCCAUGACCACAUCAAGAGCGAACACAAGGGGAAGGUGUUAAAGACGCUGCUGAUGAAGCACAAACAUCAGAAGGAGAAGUCUUUGAGGCGUUCCCUCACAUCGUCCGCCAGUUUCCGUUCCUCUACCUCACUGGAGAAAAUGCUGGACAGUCCUACGUCAGAGAACUUAGCAAAGAAGGAGAAAGAAGCUGCCCAGAAAGCCAAGGACAACGAAGUUAAAAAUCUAGAAUUUGUCAAAGUUGAUGUCGAUAAUAACUUGCAUGCCGACGGGGUCCACAUUGGGAUCACGACCAAUGAGAGCAGGCAGAAGAACAUUCAGGACAUCAUGAAGCGGAUCCCCAAGGACGCGGAGGCCCUUACCGUACUGGUCGGCUGUGUGGACUACCUGGAAAAACCCGCCAUGGCAUUCGUCCGCCUGGCUGAGGGCCAAGUUUUGGACAAUCUGACGGAAGUUCCACUUCCUGUUCGUUUCCUGUUCAUUCUCCUCGGUCCAGAGAAUGCAAUGGACUAUCACGAAGUUGGGCGAUCUAUCUCCACUCUGAUGGCUAACCAGCAUUUCCACGACAUUGCAUACAAGGCAAUCAGCAGAGACGAGCUGCUUCACGCGAUCAAUGAGUUCUUGGAUGAGUCAAUAGUGCUGCCUCCUGGUGACUGGGACCAGAAGACUCUGCUCCCUAUCAUGGACAUGGCCAGGAAGAAAGCCCGGGCCAUGCGCAGGAAGAAACACAAGGAGGAGGAGAAAAUAGCUCUGUUGAAGAAAGAGGAAAAAGACAAGAUUCCACUGGACCCCAUCAAGAGGACUGGUCGCUUAUUCGGAGGACUGGUUAAUGAUGUCAAGAGGCGCUACCCCCAGUACCUGAGUGAUUUUAAAGACGCUCUACAUUUCCAAUGUGUUACCUCCUUUAUUUUUAUUUUCUUUGCUUGUUUGUCACCGACCAUUGCCUUUGGAGGUUUGUUAGGUGAGAAGACCAAAGAGUACAUGGGAGUGACAGAGACCAUUCUGAGCACCUCAUUCAGUGGCGUCCUGUUUGGUUUGUUCUCCGCCCAGCCAAUGAUGAUCCUCGGAGCCACCGGCCCUGUGCUGGUCUUUGAGGAGUCAUUGUACCAGUUCUGUACCAGUUACGACAUUGAGUUUCUACCAAUGCGGUUUUGGAUUGGAUUCUGGGUGAUGAUUAUAACCUUUGUUGUGAUUGGAUUAGAAGGCAGCUUCCUCGUCAAAAACAUCACUCGCUUCACCGAAGAAAUAUUUACCAUCGUCAUCUCGCUCAUCUUCAUCUAUGAAGUCGUCAAAAAAAUGAAAGCAACAUUCUAUGAUCAUCCUUUACAAGUCUCCUACACUAACUGUGGUGGUGUGGGGCCGGCUUACAACGUCUCAUUCAACGAUACAAAGUCACUGGACAACUCCACGGCCUACUCCACUCUCUCCACCCCGGAGAACCUGUAUCACGUCCAGCAGGAUCACGCCUUCCACGACGAAGUCCCGCAACCCAACACAGCCCUGCUCUCCCUCGUCCUCAUGCUCGGAACUUUCUUCAUCGCUUAUUUUUUACGAAUCUUUAGGAACAGUAAAUUCCUAGGCAGAAGUGCAAGGAGAGCCCUAGGAGACUUUGGGGUAGUAAUCGCCUUGUUUUUGAUGGUGCUUCUAGAUGCCAUUACCCCCACAGUUUAUACUCAGAAACUCAUUAUCUCUGACAACUUUGAACCAACAGACAGCUCUAAGAGAGGUUGGAUUGUCCCACCCAUGGGGAGUAAAAAAAGGAUGAAUGCCGACAUGAUCAUCGGAGCAAGUCUGCCAGCAUUUCUUCUCUUUAUUUUGCUGUUCUUGGAAACUCAAAUUACAGAAAUGACCCUGAAUAAGAAGGAGUUUAAAAUGAAGAAAGGCUCUGGGUAUCACCUGGACCAGGUGUUAUUGGGGAUCAUUACCUUCAUCGGGGGGGUAUUUGGAUUGCCGUGGAUGUGUGCAGCCACAGUCCGAACAUUGUGCCAUGUUUCAUCUCUCAGUGUAUAUAGUCGUUACCAUGCACCUGGUGAAAAACCAAAACUCGUGAAAGUGCGGGAGCAACGGGUCACAAAUAUUGCUGUCAAUUUAUUAUUAGGUUUAUCUCUGCUAUGGGGGCCAUUGCUGAGGCUGAUUCCCAUGGCCGUCCUGUUUGGGAUAUUUUUAUACGUGGGUGUGUCGGCCCUUAGCAGUUUACAGCUUUACCGCAGAAUGAAGUUGUUAUUUAUUCCAGUUAAACAUCAUCCCUCCACGGGAUAUGUCCGACGGGUCCGAACCAUCAAGAUGCAUCUGUUCACUGUUAUACAAGUCCUUUUGCUGGCUUUGAUGUUCGGCCUGAAGCUUUCCUCAGCGGCCAUAGCUUUCCCUCUGUUUGUGAUACUUUUAAUUCCAGUCCGACUCAGAAUCAUGAACUAUUUCUUUUCUGAACAUGAACUUGAAGAGCUACCGUCGCCACGGUGGGUGGGGCUUAAGCGCAGAUCUGUGAUCCGCCAGUUGCCUGGUAACAAAAGCAAGGAGACCCAACAGGGACUCAAAUUCAAACCUAACCCUGCAGAUAUUUCCCUCCCUGACAAUGAGGUUCACAGUUAUGCCAGCACGGUCAGGCAGAAUGAGGAACUGACCACCAACCUGUACUGUCUGUUUGAGAGUCUCCCACAAGCUGAGGUUUUAGAUCCAGUCUGUCACCAGCUGUUUGAGUUCUACCGGUCCAAAGAAUCGGAGCUGAAGACUUUCAGCAGGGAGCUGAUACCUGUCGUUAUCUGGACCUACCUGUCUGCUCUUAGUACAUCCGGCAAAAAGUCAGUGAGAGGACUUGAGGCAUUCCUGCUGGGAGUGUACAAUCUGGAAACAACGUUGCCUGAUGGAAAACCCAAUGUCAAGACAUUCCGUAUCCCCACAUUCUCUCAGCCCUCCAUCUAUCAUGAGAAAAGCUUUGGGUUCACCAUAGACAUCAAAGACACUUCAUCAACAAUGGUACAACAUGCACUGGGGACACAAGAAAUUGGACCAAUGGUCGUUCACUGGUCAGGUGAACGAGACUUGAUAGUGAAAGGAUCAGCAGCCAGCAGCAUCCUACAAGCCAUUCUGUCCACCGUUCUUCAGACUUUUACGACGGAGAUUGCUGAGCUGACAACCCAGUCUCAUCAUUGGUUUUGUAAAUCUUGCUCCAGGAUAGCAACCACAGGCUUUCUGAGCCUGGGGGACAUACAGAGUCAGGAGGAGACUGCCUUCUCUCUGUCCGACUCCCCCGAGCCCAAGCGGCGACACAGUCAGUACGGAGACCUCCCUCCCAGACUGGCCGUCAGCCCCUCCCUCAUCAUAGAGAUGUUGUCCGGCCUCUACUAUGUCACGUUUAACAGCCAGCCUCACUUAGGGUUGAAAGCUAUCUACGAUCUUCACUACAGGGCCAGCUAUGAACUGUAUGCAGAUGUUUUAUUGGUUACCAGUGCUAUGACUAACAGCCUACAGACAGUGGUGUCCAGCUCCAGGGACAGUCUGCGGGGGAUGAUGGCGGUCACACCCUCGACUUCCGCCCACUCAAUCUCCAAGUCAGCCAUUACUAAUGCCUCUUUUAGGGCAAAAAAACUGCCAGAUGACAUUAGCAUUGUACAAGAUGAAGAUGCAUCAAAACUGGCAACCAUUGAUGAAGACUCAAUAGAAACAACCACAUCAAAGGCAGCAGCCAAAUCCUCCAAGUUCAACCUGGCCAAAGCAAUUCUAAAGGGAGACAAAUCCAAACCAAAGGAUACGAAAAGAGACUCAAUAGAUCAUAAAAUUAGUCUGACCAAUGGAGACGCUCCCGAUUCUGUGCACGUUGGUGUUGUCAAAAACAACUCCAGAGUCGUUGUUGACAACAUUGAAAUGCAACCUUAUAACCGAAAAAAUGUUGACCACGAUAACAAUGAUGACAAAGCUGCGUCGUCUCCUCUGAUUCCCAAGCCGCGCUCCACUGGGAGCAUCAGCAAGGAAAUGAAAGUGAAACUCCAGGACCAUCAGCGAAAUCCCUCAGGGUCAUCUGUCAACUCCGACAAUUAUAGCACAAAUCUAUAGACAUUGUUACAAACCACGCUUAUUGUUAACUGGUUCUCAUUGAAUGUCUCUAUUAUGAAUGUAAAGAAUUAUAUAUUUUUGAACUGAGAUAUAUAAGGUUACUGGUAUAUUUGUUGGGUUUAGAUAAAAGUAUAUGUUUGUUCCAUACAUAUGUGUAGCUCUGUACAUUUUUGUUAUUUAUUUCACAAGUGGGAAGUAAUUAUUCAAGUCAAAUUUAAUUGUAAAAAGCAGAUGGAUGCCUGGAAUAUAAAUAAUUUCAUCUGGUUUCUACAUUAAUCUCUCUGUGUACUUAUAGCAGAAGUCCUCCUAUUUAUCUCUGAUGAUGGUGCUUGUCUGUGUGCUACAUCUAGGUCUUUCAGUUACUACAUAUACUUUACAUCAUCCAAGUCUCAGGCUAGGUCUUACAGUUAAUAAAUGAUUCUUGACCCAGGCUAGGUCUUUCAGUCAGUAUAUCCUAAAUGACCUUUGACCCAGGCUAAGUCUUUUAGUCAGUAUAUACUAAAUGACCCUUGACCCAGAGUAGGUAUGUCAGUCAGUAUAUCCUAAAUGACCUUUGACCCAGGCUAAGUCUUUCAGUCAGUAUAAACUAAAUGAUCCUUGACCCAGGCUAGGUCUUUCAGUCAGUAUAUAGUAAAUAUCCUUUGACCCAGACUAGGUCUUUCAGUCAGUAUAAUGAACCUUGACUCAGGUGAGGUCUUUCAGUCAGUAUACUAAAUCAUUUUUGACCCAGGCUAGGUCUUUCAGUCAGUAUAUAGAAAAUAACCUUUGACCCAGACUAGGUCUUUCAGUCAGUAUAUACUAAAUGACCCUUGACUCAGAUGAGGUCUUUCUGUCAGUAUAUACUAAUUGACCUUUGACCAAGGCUAAGUCUUUCAGUCAGUAUGUACUAAAAGAUCUUUGACCCAGGUUAGGUCUUUCAGUCAGUAUAUCCUAAAUGACCUUUGACCCAGGUUAGGUCUUUCAGUCAGUAUAUCCUAAAUGAUCUUUGACCCAGGCUAGGUCUUUUAAUGUCAAUAUGAUCCUAGACCAACUCUAUGUCUAUUUGUUUAAACAUAACUCUAGUUCUAGGACUCUCAGAAAGGCACCCUUAUAAAACUAUCUCUCAAGAUGAAUGAUUUUCUUGAUCCCUGACUGGUGUUUGCUGUUUAACCUGUCAACAUUACAGCUCUACAAUACAUAACUGGAACUAUUCCCGAUUUCAGUAGGAUAAAAAUUAUAAGGAUCUUUACAGCUACUUUGAAAGCUAAACUUGUCCUGUAUGGGAUUCAUGUUCUAUAUCGGUAAUACAUUCAGAUGCAUACAUACCUAUUAUAAUUUACCUGGAUUUAUAUCUAUUUACUUGAGGGUCAUUUAUUUUUGCUUCAUUUUACAUUCAGUCACUUAAUUAACUAAAUACUGGUAACACUUUGUGCAUAUUCAUAACUUAUUUCACAAAUGUGAAGCACAUAAAUACCAUCUACAAAAUUAAAACUGUUCAUAGAAUGUAAUUAAGCUCAAACUGGUUAUUCAGUAAAAUCAAGAAUACUCAGAUUAUGCAAUAUGUAGGUAAACAGGAAUCAUUUUAUCAUAACAGCUUAGAUUUGAGUUAACGGUCCCAUUACAUUUCGUAGUGUUUCUAUGAUAAGCACUGUCCCAUGGGUCCCUUUUCAAUAGGAUGUUGAGGGUGAACCAAUAAUGCCUUGAUCUACUGGAAAGAAGUUCUCAUUCUAUCUACCUCUUCUCAAUUUUGUACAAGAUCAGUUCAAUUUGUGCGGUUCAGUGUGUACAUGAAUAUGAAAUGCUCUAGAUUAUAUUAACUAUUUUCUUCAUCAUUAAUUUUGUUAAAUAAAGAUUGUUUUAGCUGGCUUGUCAUGUGCUAUAGUCACCUGCAGGUUUUUCAGUUGCAGGAGUUCAGCAUUUGUUGGCUUGUAGUUAGGGGUGUUCUUAUGCCUACAUUAUAAUCACACUAUUUAGAGUCCCUGCAGUAUCUGCAGUGUCUCCAUGACUCUGACUCUACAAACUAUUUCCCAGGCUCUUUGAGUGAUCAGAUUUCAGAUUCAGGGAGAUAUUUGACAUCUGGAACCCCACACAUCUGGUUUUAGUUAGCAUCAACUUAAUGUAGAGUGAAACUCUGUAAACAUUUCCUCAAACUUAUGCAAAACAACAUUUCUCUAGGUUCAAAGAAUUUUAUUCCUCAAUUUUUAUAAUUGUACAUUUGUUUAAAUUCCUUUAUUGAUUAGAGCAAAAGAAGGGCAUUUUUUAUAAUUUCAUGUCUUUGGCUGUAAAAAAUCUAAUGGUAUUUAUGAUUUGCAUUUGAAAUAUAGCUUGUUUACUAGAGUGAUAUUGUUUGUAAUAUAGACAUUUACAUUAGCAACACUAUUAACUCACUGCUAGGUGCAUGAAAACACCAAGUGAUUGCCCUUUGCUAAUUGUAAUAAUCUUUUAUUUAAUUUAUAGAUUUUUUUAACUGAGAUUUUUCCUGGAGUAAAGAAAACAGAUAGUUUAUUGAUAAGUGGAUGUAAUUGUUAUAAUAAUACAGAUGAGUAGCUGUAGUGAAGUGAUCGGAAGAAAACAAAACCUUUCAUUUUUUGUAAGUUAGAGUAUUAUUUAAUAAAUUAUUAUCAAUAUU